AUGUCGCUCACUUUUGCCACUACGUUCCUUGCCUAUUUUGCUAUCAUGUCCUCUUUUGCCGUCGGCCUCGAUGUCACUGCUGACGAUGUCUUGGUCAGGAAAGGCGAAGCGGAAAAAACAUCUGCUGACAUGGAAAUUGUCUUUCGCAACGGCCUUCUCAGUGGACACGCGUCAAUUAUGGAGGGCGUGGUUCGUCCUGGAGAACUGUUGGGUUUCCAUAUGCACGAGAACGAAGAUCAGAGCAUGUUCAUCAUAGAGGGAGAGCUCGAAAUUGAGAUUGGCGGAGCCGAUGGCUUUCGCUUCCAUGCCGGUCCCGGUGAUCAUAUCCUCAAGCCACGCAACAUCAGCCACGGGUUUUGGAACGAGGGCUGCACUACCGCACGUUACAUUGAAAUCUCGACGGAGGAUGGCUUUGAGCAGUUUAUUGACAGCCGGGACGGCGGGCUACCCAACAUGAUUGAGACUGGCCUGAGUCUUGGUGUGACUUUUCAGACCAGUCGCUCGACCGAGGUGAUGAAGGAAUGCGAGCUUGUCGGUCUAGCAGGAAUCAACCUUGGAGAUAUGGACCUUGGAGUCCUCAGUGAACUCCCUCGCCCCGGGGAGGUCCCCAUUCCCCCGCCCGGAGAUGUCACCACCACGUUGCCACUAAUCCUGUAUCUCUCCUCUGUCGAUUUCAACAGCUCCAAGUACGCUCAGUGUGAUGCCAAUGCAAGCGUUACCGUCGACACGGCCGUUCUUAGCAAAAGUGCUGCCGACACUAUGAGGGAUACUAAAAUUACUUCUGGUUCUGUGAUGACCAACAGCUUCCUGGCUUAUUUUGGAGCGGUUGUCUUUGGCUACAUGGCUUUCUAA